AUGACCUAUGAUUCAGCUGAAACUCCGGUCUAAGCAAUACGACGAUGGGAAACUUUACAAAGCGAAGUUGGUCAUGUGGAACAAUCUCGUCGUCAUGCAUCACGUCGUUCUGAGGCAUCAGGUACUAAUACAGUCGUUGUUAAUGAACAAAAUGAUGAUGUAAAAUCAUCCAAAAAAAGUCGCCGUUCAGUUCACACAGAAGAUCAAACAGUAGUUGCACCAUUAACACGUGCUUUACCAGAACGUUUAGCUGAAAAAACACGUGAAAAACAAACAAAACGUGUACAAUAUCGAAAACGUAAUGAUCUAAAAUUAGCCUUUAGUGAAUUUUAUUUAAUGCUUGUCUUAUUACAAAAUUAUCAAACACUUAACUUCACUGGUUUUCGUAAAAUAUUAAAAAAACAUGACAAAUUAUUUCAAACUACACGUGGUGAAGAAUGGCGAAAACUACAUAUUGAUUCCGCUCCAUAUCAUACAUCAAAACGAGUUGAACAAUUAAUUAAUGAAGUUGAAACAAAAUAUACUGAGACACUUGAAUCAGGCGAUCGAUCACGUGCAAUGAAACGUUUGCGUGUACCACCAUUAGAAGAAAAACAAUCACCUGCGGUUACAUUUCGUGUUGGAAUUUUUGUUGGAAUGAUUUGUCUUUUAGUUCCAACUGUUAUUGCCCUUGGUACAAAUCUUCAUGAUAGUCAAUCAACAAAACCACUUGCUUGGCGACAAGCAUUAUUUCUUUAUCGUUCAACAUUUCUUAUUGUUCUUCAUAUAAUUCUAGUCGGUAUUAAUGUAUAUGGUUGGUCAUCAUCAGGUGUUAAUCAUGUGUUAAUAUUUGAAAUUGAUCCACGCAAUCAUUUAACUUAUCAGCAAUUUUUGGAAAUAGGUACUUUUCUUUUUGUUCUAUGGUUUUUAAGUUUUGCUGGAUUUAUUUUAUCAUCUUAUUUUGAUUUUUAUCCAUUUAUUCAACCACUUGGUUUUGUUACAAUGAUUCUUUUAUUUUUAUUUAAUCCAACACCUACGCUUUAUCAUCAUGCUCGAUUUUGGUUUUUAAAAGUUUUAGGUCGCAUUAUUUGUGCACCAUUUUAUCGUGUUGGUUUUGCUGACUUUUGGCUUGCUGAUCAAUUAACAUCACUUGAAUUAUUAUUUUAUGAUAUUGAAUAUUUUUUUUGCUUUUACAUUUAUGAUGUUGGAUGGUGGCCAGUCUAUUCUUCAUCUCCAGCACGUGGUUUUUUUUGUUAUAGUUGGCCACAAGUUCUUUUACAAACUAUUCUUAUGGUUUUACCAUCAUGGUUUCGUUUUGCUCAAUGUUUAAGACGAUAUCGAGAUACAAAACAAAAAUUUCCACAUUUAGUUAAUGCUGGAAAAUAUGCUAGUGGAUUUUUUGUUAUUGGUACAAAUGCAGCACGACGUGCAACAGCUAUAUAUUAUAUUGAUCAUCCAGCAUCAAAUCCAUUUUUAUAUAUUUGGAUAAUAACAGCAUUUAUUGGUGCAACAUAUAAAUUAAUAUGGGAUUUUAAAAUGGAUUGGGGAUUUUUUGAUAAAAAUGCUGGAGAAAAUAAAUUACUACGUGAUCAAAUUGUUUAUCCAUCAAAACUUUAUUAUUAUGCAGCUAUGUUAGAAGAUAUUAUAUUUCGUUAUAUAUGGGUUAUAAAUGUAUUUAUGCAAUUUCGCACACGUUCAGCUGAAUAUGCUGAUGUUAUUGGUUUUAUAUUUGGUUUAAUUGAAAUUUUUCGACGUUUUAUAUGGAAUUAUUUUCGUUUAGAAAAUGAACAUUUAAAUAAUUGUGGAGAAUUUCGUGCUGUACGUGAUAUAUCAAUUGCACCAAUAUCAAAUACAAUUGAUUAUACAACAUUAGAAGAUAUGAUGGAUAAAGAUAAAGGUAUUAAAAAUCGACGUCAAUCAAAACGACAUGAUUUAAUUGAUAAAAUUCAUAAUCAAGAAAUAAAAAAAGAAAAAAAUGAUAAUGAUACAUUUAUUGUUAAUUCAUUACGAUCAUUAUCAACAGGUUCAAAUCCAAAAAUUGAAGAAUUAAAUCAAAGAUUUACUAUGGUACCAUCAUCAGCAUCUCCUGAUGAAUCUUUAAAUAAACGUGUUUUUUUCUGA